AUGGUUCCCAUCGUUCUGGAGGUGAUUUGCAGCUUGGUUACGUGGCUGUGUCUCUACAGCUGCUUCUGCCAGUGGAAUAAGCAGCGUUCCUGCGAGUGGAGCUGUCGCCUGGUCACUCUGCUGCACGGGCUCAUUGUCACCCUCCUCUCGGGAUAUGUUGCCCUCCUGGAUGGCCCUUGGCCUCUGACCCAUGCAGGUUCAGCAAACACAUCUCUUCAGAUCCAUGUGCUGUCCUUGACCUUGGGUUACUUUCUCUUUGACCUGGGCUGGUGCCUGUAUUUCCAGACCGAGGGAGCUCUGAUGCUGUUCCACCACACACUGAGCAUCUGUGGGAUGAUCAUGGUGCUGGGGUUGGGCAAAUCUGCAACAGAGGUGAAUGCUGUGGUGUUUGUGAGUGAGAUCACCAACCCUCUGCUGCAGAGUCGCUGGUUCCUCAGGGAGAUGGGAUGUUACCACACUUUCCUGGGAGAACUGGUGGAUUUCUUCUUUGUCCUCCUCUUCCUGGUGCUUCGAAUUGGAGGAGGAGCUUGGAUCAUGUUUGCCAUGCUCACAUCCCCUGAGCCCAACUGGCUGCUCAAGGCUGGAGGUUUGGCCAUGUACCUUGUGUCUUUGGGCUUUAUGGUUGAAAUCUGUCGCUUCGUCCGGAGAAAAAUGGGGAAAAAUCAUCUUUGGUGGACACGGCUGAGGAGAGUGGAUGUACCUGGGAGAACUAAUGGGCACUUGGCUGCUCAUUAA